CCUCCGGGCGGCUCUGCCUGUCCCCGAGCCGGGACAGGGCCCCGCGCUGCGAUGUCCCCGGCCGAGGCGAGGAGCCCGCUCCGUACACGACAGGAGCGCCGGGGGCCGGGGAAGUUUCCCUUAGGGACAGCGGAGGCAGCGCGACGAGAGGCGGAGCAGCGGCCCCGUCGCUCCAGCUGCGCUAGGGGACGUGUGUGGGAGCAGGGAGGCACCUGGAGAGCCUGCCCAGGUGGAGCGAGAACAGCUGGUUCGAGCGGGGGUGGGGGAGGAAGAGAGAAGGUGGAGAAGCGGGCGGGGACAGGAGGGGAUGGGGGAGCCAGGGUAGGAGGUGGCAGUAGCUUCUGUGCAUCGGUGCCUCGUCCCCGCGCUCGCCGGCCGAAACGCCGUGCUCUGCUCCCCGAGGUCGGGGGUGCCACCUCUGCCGAACCCGGCCACACGCCGGAGCCGCGCUCUCCUUCGUGGAUUCGCCGUGCAACUAUCGGGAAAAGUGGCUGUGCGCGGGCAGCGACUUAGCGCAAGGUAAUUCUCUAAUGGACCAAUGAAAGCUAAUGAUGACAAGUUGUGGUCAACAGUCCUUGAAUGUGCUGAUGGUUCUGCUCUCAUUACUCUUGUCAGCAGUGUUGUCUGCGCAUUUUCGGGUCUGCGAGCCAUACACGGACUACAAAGGUCGCUACCACUUUGGCUUUCAUUGCCCCCGUCUUUCUGACAAUAAAUCUUACAUCUUUUGCUGUCACCAUAACAACACAGUGUUUAAAUAUUGUUGCAAUGAGACAGAAUUUCAGACUGUUAUGCAGAUGAACUUAACAGGGAAUGCAGAUGGAUAUAUGCAUAACAACUACAGUGCACUGUUGGGAGUGUGGAUCUAUGGCUUUUUUGUGGUGAUCUUACUGAUACUGGACCUUUUAUAUUACUCUUCAAUGAACUAUGAUAUUUGCAAAUUUUACCUGGCCCGCUGGGGAAUCCAUGGAAAGUGGAUGACACCGGGACAGAGCCGAUGGAUUAACUCUGCUCAGGACCCAAGACAGACACAGCCUCAGCCAGAGACACAGCCUCAAAUUCAGCCCCAGCCUCGAACAUCACAGACAGUACACACCUUAAAAGGAGAUGCUUUAAGCCCACCCCUGGUCUCUUUUCAGAGUACAUCUGCCUGAAAAUUAUAUUGAUGUGCCUCAAGAUGGGAGAGGUAAGACCAGACUUCAAGGAGUAGCUUUCAAGAAAAUCAACUAAAUUACAAGAGCUGAAAAAAAUAUGGAUAAGCAGGAGAGAGAAAGACUGAAAGAUGAAGAUUGACCAACUCACCUGAAGACAGACACCAUUCAAACAACUUCUACAGGCAAAUGAAAUAGAAUGAGUCUCCAGGAGAAAGUAGUCUGUAAGCAAUAUUUUAAUUCUAGACUGACGCUAUUAUCUCUGAAAGGAAGAAAUCAUAUUCAUCAUAUCUGUGAAAAUGCUCAGUAGGAAGAAAAUUACAUUGCUGUCGCAAAGCCACACAAAGGUGGAAAACGACCACAAGACAAACCUUUGGUAGAUAACUUUUCUUUGCCUCCCCAUCCAUCAAUUGCCAUUUGAGCCUAAUCUCAGCCUAAGUGUCAGAAUCCUGAAUGUGAGUUUUUCCAAAGUUCUCUGGUGAACAUUUUGUCACAAUAGGGUAAAUGCUGGUAAUCCACAUCACUGUUAACCAUAUUGUCCUAUGUAUUGCAAAAGUAAGCAGAGCCCUUUCAUUGAGUCAGACUGCAGGGUAACUUCAACCAUAAUGCACGUUUUUAGAUCACUGGCAAUGACUCUGCUAAGACUAUCCGAGCCCAUCUUAAAUUCAGGUUCUUGUAGAGGGCAACUUUAUUAGGAUACAACACAAUUCCACCCCUAUACUCCUUGAAGCUGAAAGCGAAACAGAAAAAAAAACAACAAACUGUAUAUUUCAAAAGCAAUAAUACCAUUGUCCUCCUCCUUUCCAAGGCAAUAGUCGGAUUCCCUAAGCCACUGCCUGGCUGCAGAGUUUACCCCACACAAGUCUCAGAAUCCAUUUGUAAGCCAGAAAGGCAAUGACUUUGCCAUAGAGGUAUGUGGAGCACUUGAUCACUGGGUUGCAAUAGGUCAACUUAACUUUACACAGGGCAGGGUUAUUUUAAAAUACAGUACCAAUUACAUGAGCAAAUCCUGUGAAAUUCAGUUAUUAAGAUAUUUGCAUGGAGAACCUGGCAGUGACAAGUAAACAGAGGAGUUCAUCUAGAAAUCAUAACACAAAGCCAGUGUUUGCCAGUUUAAUCCUUCAUGUCUAAUAUUUUGUCCUGCAAAUCUCAGUAACUUUAAAAUAACCUUACAUUUUACCAUUUAACCACAACACGAGGAACACCUUGUUAAUGAAUAACCAAGUGUUUCUUUUGUACCUCUUUGACUGAAUGAACUUUAGUUUUCUGUUGAAUUCAGAGGGGACACUCUUCUCAGUGAUUUGAGUUAGUUCAUGACUACUGGAGUUCAGGAUGGUAUGUGACUAAAACUAUGAAGGAAUAAAAAGCAUUGGAAGACUCAACACGGCUGGACACCAUAGGAGUGGAAGCUCAGUCUUCAAAUAAAACCCAGUCUGAGUAGGAUGCCAACAUGCACGUGCCCCUUUUCUCUGUAAACCAACAACUAAACAUCACUGAGGUAUCACUGAGUAAGGGCAGGCAGCGCCUAAAAGAACAAAUUCACAGGUGGGAGUGCCACCCUGCAGGCAUGAAACUCCAUCCUGUCCCAGGAAAACUUGAAGCCUGGCCCACUCUCACUCAACACGGAAGCUCCUGCACACCCCUCCAGCUUGGCGAGACCUAAGGGAGCUGCCACAGUGCACCUGGGGUAUUACACCUGUGUUACACCUUAGGAAGUCUCCAAGAAAAGCAGAGCAAACCAAGUAACUGGAGGUGGUGCCAUCCAUGCCAACAUCAUACUCCUCCACACUUUCUUGUUGGCUCCAAGAUCCAUAACCCCUGCAAAUACCCAAAAAAGUAUCCACAGUAACCAGUGUGGUGCUCUGCAGUAACUGCUUGGUCCUUUUACCUUCUCCCAGCACCUACUUUUGUUGUGAGGUGAUGACUGCCUCAGAGAGCUUUGGAAAAAGCUUAUGUUCAUAAAGGAAUUUGUAUUAGAUACUGGUUUGUGUGACUUACUGUAUUUUGUAAGGGGUUUUUUCCCUUUGGGAAUUGUGUGUUAUUAAUGAGCAGUUUUAUGCUUUACUUUCAGUACAUGUAUACCUUGUAAUGGAUGUGCUUUUUGUUUGUUUGUUUUCUUUUAUUCUCUAUACAGAGCCAGUAAAUAUAAGGUAGAUACUCUCUGGCUGAAAUUCUGAUUUUGCCUACCAAUUAAUUUAUGGAUAAAUCCAUGUCGUAGCUGGUGAACAAUUUUUCAUCAAUUGUCUUGUUAUAAUCACCUGAUAGUCUCUCCACUUGAGCAGAAUAAAAGAUCCUGAAUAAGAGUAAUGCUAGUUGGGCCUUAAAUUAGAGGGAAAUAGUAUACUACAUAUUUCCCUACCAUCAUUUCUAUCAGCCCUUCUUCCCUGCUGUUGGGACACUGGAGAAGAGCCACCUGAAACCUCAUCCACCUCUGUAGCUGUGCUCUGAUAUCCCCCUGCAUUUACUUGAUCAAAACUAUGAUGGACCAGAUAAACUGCAAUGAAUUUUUUAGUUAUUUCUGCAGAGAGACUGGUUCAAAUGCAAUCCUUCUCUAAAAGAAAUUAUCUGGACUAAAAUAAUUGUAUUGUUCUCUAUGUCCAUUCUGAGAUGUUUGGAAAAAUAAGAGAUCUGAAAUUAACACUUUAAAAAGUGCAUAUACCUCCUGUGUGACAAUGGCAGCUAUCUCAGUGGCUGUUAGGGACCUUCCUGCUCCAGAAGCCCCUUCCCCUGCCCAAAUAAUUUCCUAUCUUCUGUUUCACUGAGAACUGUGUCCAACUUCUUAGUAAUUGCUGUGUAUAACGUGGACAUAAAAAGAUAAGUUAUAAAGCUUGUGCAGGACUUGAUGUUGUAAUUUAACCAUCUUUUGUGCCUGGUUAUGGAUUUUACAAAAAACAGAGUGAAAAUAAUCCGCCCUCUUAAUGUAUAUUUCAGCAUAUUGUAGCAGCUAUUUUAGACACAUAUUUUUUAUAGUUUUACUACAGCUAUGAUUUCUGCAUGAGGACAGUCCAUUUGAAGAAGCGGUGAAGUUAACAUGUCAAAAUGAUUUUUUAAAGUCUGUUCUAUUCCACCUGUGACUGUAUAUGAAAAGUAAAGCAACAAAAACAAAACCUCAACCACUGCUGGGAAGAAACACCUUUUCUCAGCUUCAGAAGUUCUCUUCUGUAAGACAGGCAUUUCUUCUAGUCCUCCUUUUACAAAAGUAGUAAAUUACUAAGAAAAUAAUAUAUAUACAGUACAAUAGUCUAUUUUGAUAGUCAGCAGACUCUUUUAGGCUAAUUAAGCUAACUAGAAAUUGUAGGGUUGCAGUGAUUUCUCUUUAUUGAUACAUUGAUGAUAAUCCUGUUUCCAUAAUACUUGGUGUUUGAAGUCAGCACAUGCCAGGGUCCAGUGAUUUGCUAAUCUAGUUUCUGGUCUAAUCCUGUCCUAUUUUUUGCUGAAUUCUCUGACUUCAUAUUAUGACUCAUGUUGUCUUUCUAAAGUGAUUGCCAAGCAAACCAAAAAUGUGUUUUACACUGCUAUUGCACUGCUCUUGUCUUUAUAUACAGUAGUUUUUAUAAAGAUGUCCUUAGGUUUUAAUAAAUGAGUGUAACAUAAACUAAUCUCUGUAAUAAAACUUGCUUUAGUGUUUCAAAGGCUGUCUGGAAUAGCUGUAGAGAUUUGAGCUUCUAAGCAUUUCAAUAGCUUCAAAAUUCAUGGCUUCCUUUCCCUCUGCAGGAAAUCCCCAGAUACCAGAACUCCAUAGUCUUUACAAGGGUAAAAUGAAGAGAGUAUAUUUAACCAAAAGAAUGGACUUAGAGAUUGGGGGAAGGGGUUCCCUUCCCAAGGAAGAAGCCAAACCACACCAUUAAAAAAACCACUAAGGCCAUGGCAUUAAGGAAUACAUGUUCCAUUUAGUCUGCUUCACAUUUCCAGCCUUUGCUGAUACAAGAUAUUUAAGAGGGAAGUGUGGGACACUGAAGAAAGAUUGCUAAGAAAUAAACAUAAUCUUUCCACUACUCGAGGCAAGCUGAGAAGGCCAAACUGCAACUGAGCAGAAAGAAAGCAACAUUUUGACUUUCAUACAUAAAGUACUGUGUCCCACAUGGCUCACCUCCCCUCCUGAGGCAAACACAGUUUAGUUUGCUCUGUACAGAAAGGCAGGACCAACAAUUCUCAGAGAACUUAUCUCUGGGAUAAAUUCUCAGGGAAAAGAGAUUUAAUUUGUUCUUUGCUUCCAGGCUGAAGGAUUUGGACAAUUUCCCCAGAAAGUUUCAGAUUUUCUAAACACUCUCUCAAGUCUCUUCAUCCCCUGUUGUUUAGGAGGCAUCAUCGCCAGUGUUCCCAAAAUACUAAGAGCUUUGAGCUGAAAUUUCAAUUCUUCUAUUAGUAAAAGGGAGUAUUUUUGACAACAUCACCUCUUGGAACACUCUGCUUCCUUUUACAGAAAGAGUUCUUGCUCUGUCCUGCUGCCCCCAAGCUUUAGUUUUCCUCAGCUGUUUUCCUGCUCAGCACUUGCUGUUCUUGGCCCACCCCAAAUCCGACUGAAGUCCUGGCAUUUAUACACAGCAUGUACCUUUUCCCAUUAGAAAUUAUCAUUUCAGCAUCAGAUCACUAGCCUCAGACUAGAGACUCUGCUGUGGGAAUAUACCUAAACCCUCAAAAAUAGAUUUUUAAAGCCAAAUUUUAAAGGAAGGAUGAGAAAUCCUUUGUAAUGUCACUUCAUGUGCCAGAGUGCAUUUCUGGAGCUUCUAUAACAAAGCACAUGAGCUCUAAGUAGAAAAGGAUCAUUUUCAUUAAAGCAACACUUCAGUCAUUCUUAGGGGUUUUGCAACUGUAAGAGACUAUAAUUGCACUCCACUGUGCUAAAAUUUAUGGAAGGCAUUACAGAAAGAAAGACAACAAAAACAGCUUUAAAAAUACAUAAAUGUGUAAAAUUACAAAUAAUUGCAACCCAUUCCCCUUCUCAAACUGCACCUGCAAUUGUGAAAACAGUUAAAUAUAUGAGACAAGGGAUAUAAAUCAAUGGAUUGGGUGUGUUAUAGCUCCCUCACCAAGUUUCAACAAUUUUUAUUAUGUGCUUCUAGUAAUUGAGUAAGGGUUAUAUUCAGCACAUUAUGCUCACCAGGAACAGCUUUUAUAUACCAAGGAGCAAAUUAAAUACUCCUGGAAUUUCCAUGGGAGAUGUUAAAAUGCUGAUGUUGACUUACAGACUGCCAUUAUCACCAAGUUAAAAACUAACAGGAGCAUCACCAUCAGUUCCUUUAAACUGUUUAUUCUUACUAGAAAGCAGAGACUUCAUUGAUUUUCUGGUUGCUCACACAUACAGAAGGACAAGGAGAGAAAAGAGAGCUAAGAUUUGAUUUUUAUUUCCAAGAAAACAAAACCCUGUCACUCACCCAAGCUAUUCCAAACAAUUAGUUUAAUAUCGAAAAUGAAAAAACAUUACUUUGGGGAGGGGGGCAGGAAACAUACCAAUACAUUAGGUAUGAGCAGCUACUGCUGCUGCUUUGCUGUAGUGAGAAUUAGCAAUGACAAUUGGGUUUAAAUCCUUAGUGUUCACAACACACAAAUGAAAAAAGCUUGAUCUAGGUAACAUUUGAGAAUACUCUCCCCUUAGCCAACUACAGAGAUUUAAUUUAAGGCAUUUAUGGGAAUUACAUGGGUUUUGUUUGUUUUGACUGACUUGUAGUUACUGCUUAAAAAUGCUGUUUUUUCAGGUAGGGCUACUGAAAACAGCUGAAAUCUUUGAAACAUCUGAAAAGCUGUGUCCCAUUUUACCUCAAGGCUUUUGCUGCCCAGCAUAAAGCCUACCUCCUCUGCUCUCCAGUAUUUGCUGUCCUGAGAAGUAAGAAUAUUGCAUCAUACUACCAUUACUAUGCAGUAUCAAACUGUUCCCUGUAAAGCCGCCUUCCUCAAGCAUUCCUGGCUUUUGUUGGAAGAAUUUAUGUUGCAAAAUGCUGCUGGGGUGGGUGGGAGCACAGUAGGAAGUGCCACCUUCAGUGAGCUAGUGAUAGCUGGGGUUUGCUCUAUAAACUCCAUUAUCAUUUUAACCACACAGUCAACCUCCCAUUUCUCUGAGUGAAUGUGCUCACAGCAGCCACCAGAAAAAGCCAGUUGAGAAUUUAUCUAGCAAAGAGACACUGCAUCCUUGUGCUGUGUCUGCUAUUAUUAUGAAGAUAGAGGAGCUCAAAGACAUUUCACAACCUCUCCCUCUUUUCUUUGCAAGCUGCAUGGACGUUUGUUAAAGAAAUCAUCUCCACCUAAUAAAAAAACCUUAAAAGCCCCAAACUCUAAGGAAAGAAAUCAUGCAAUACUGUGAGUCUUACAGAUUUUGGUUUUUUAUAAUACCCACAGAAAUGCCACAUAAAUAAAAGGUACUGCUUAAGCCCCAGUUGCAUUUUUAUGGAGUUUCUAGGCUGUAGCUCAGUGGCACAGGAUGUGACUUCUGUUAGCGCUCUGCAUUCAUCAUUCCCCCCCUUUCACAUCUUCUCCCCACAGUGCCCAUAAACAAGGAGCACUCUAAGCAUGACAGGCAAUGAUUUUGCACUACUGGAGGUAGUGGGGGUGCUCCCACCCUCCCUGAGACCCAGCCAUGCCUCACGGCCCAUAGCAGAAACAGGCGAUCCCCCAGCCAGGGAAUAAUGUGCUUUGACUCCAUGAUUCAGGAGGCUGAACAACUGCUUUAUUAAGCUGUACUAUAUUACACUAACACUAUACUAAAUUACAUACUAAAAAGAUACUAUACUAAAGAAUACUUAAGAAAAACCCAUGACUGUCUGGAGACAGCCAGGACACAACUUUGACCCAAUUGGUCAAGGAAUCAAAACAACCUUCACCGGUGUCCAAUUAACAAAUCACUUUAGGUAAACAAUCUCCAUAACACAUUCCACAUGUGCAAAACUACAGGAGCAGUGAAUAGAGAUAAGAAUUGUUUUCUCUUCUUCUCUAAGCUUCUCACUGCCUUCCCCAGGAAAAAUCCUGGGAGACAGUUGUGCCUGCUGCUCUCUGUGAAGAGAGCUGUGGCCACACACGGCCCUCGGCAAGCAAAAACUUCUCUGCAAGGACCAACAUCUUCUUCUAAAGUAUUGUCCCUCCCAGUCUGUGCAGGGAGGUCUCUGCUCACCCAAGGCAUCUCUGACUUCUGCCUUUGGCUGGCUCCUCUGCCUAGGUCCUUCAGCAUUACACUGACAAAAGGGGAACCACAAGCAUUCAGAAAAAUGCCCAGAAGUGGAACUGAUUCAGGACAGAAAUAAAAGAGGAAUACUUGGACUACUUGAACACACUUGCAACUUCUGCUCCCAAUCUCCAGUGUUCAGACAACAGGAAAGCAAGCCAUGGGAGAACCACUGCUAUUAAGAAAUUUCCUUUCUUCUCAGCUGUAGGAUUGUAGGCACUAGGGUUUCCAACAGCCUUUUGCAGAGACACACGUUCCUUGCUAGCAGGAAUGGACAAUUUGGGCAAAUCCAGUUUUCUGUUUCACUUCUCCUUCUCAACGCUUAAAGAAAGAAUAUUUUGGCUGGAGUGUGCUCUUUCCUAACCAGCUGCAAAAUGCCAUUCCCUGCUGCAGCCCAAACUUGUGUAGUGAGUAGAGGCUCCCAAAUGCAAUUCUAACAUCAGCCCACACUGGAAGUCCAGUGUGCUCUGGAGUAAGCCUUAUUCCUGAAAUAGACUCUGUCAGAGCUGUGUAAAACUUGCAACCUGAUGCUAUGGGCAGAUUGUCACAUGGCCACUUCCCAAGGUUUGACCCAGGGUCCCUUUUGCUAUCCUCUCCUUCAGGGCACAAUCCCUGGAACACUGCCCUUCCCUUUGCCGGGUCUCCCCAUGUUGCAGGAGUGGUUUUCCAGCCCCAUCAUUCUCUGCCUCACUCCAUCACCAGGCAAUGAAGCACUUCCUUCUGUUUUUCAGGGAGCCAGGAACAUCUGCAUGCCCUAAACAAAGGAAGCAGUUUUUAAUUUAAGAGUGAGCUUUGCACCUGUGAUGCAAACCUAUACCCUGCUGCCCCAGUGCUACCUGGUUUACACCACAGGGUUGGGCUUUGGCUUUGCUGCUGAGGUGAAUUGAGGAGGCAAACAGGGAGCUGGCAAGCGCCAAAUAAAUUUGGAGCAGAGUACGGUAAAAAUAGCAGGAUCCGAAGAAGGUCAAGCUGUGCGCCUGGUUACUGUGAGCCCCUAAGCCAGAGGGAACCCUUGCCCCCUUGUUUGCACAUACCCAAGCAGCAGUCUCAUACUUCAGCCAGGCUCCUUUCCCAUGCAAAGUCAAACACCCAGAGAUCACCUCGGAUCAAAGGGAGCCGCCACUCACCCAGGGCAUGUGAGCACAAGCAUGCAAGUCUGCAAGCAUGAAGAAUGGUCUGGCUCAGACCCAGAAAGUUUCGGCCUGCUUGGCUGAGACUCUGUCUCUCCUCCUCUGUGCCAUGUCCCAUCUCAAGCCACUGGCUUGGUCAUCCCCUUCAAGCCUGUCUAACUUACAUAAUUAAUUCCUACAGUGCUGCUACAGGAAAAUGAGCACUACAAAUGGCUACUCAAAAGACACACAGAAAACUUCAGAACUAACAGGAAAAUAUAAAACUGAGUGGCAGGGGGCCUCUGCAAAAACAUGAAGCUUUUGCCAAAGCAACUGAGGGAUUUUUUGGGGUUUUUUCCCUCCAUUUCAGCCAAAAUUUCUCAUCCAAGAAAACCUAGCUUGGCAUACCCAAAGCCAUUGGUUUUAGCUGAACUACUCAUGGGUUUCCAUGUGAUUUGUAGCUCCAAGGUACAGAUCAGAGAGGUUGAGUGGGAUACAUUUGGUGGCAGCCAGGUCUCAGCAGUUCACUGUCACACCUGGAGCUUGUAGAACAUUCAGAGAAGAGGGUAUGAAGCAAAAGGUUGGGCUAUUUCUCACCACAGACUGUAUCAAAGAGAGGACACCAAGAAAAUUGCCCUCCCUGCAGAAUAUUGCACAGUCUUCCCUUCAGGCCCUCCUAGUAGGGACUUCUUGGGUGUAAAUAUGAGGGGUUUCUUCUAAUGUCUUCAUCUGAUCUACAUUAUCUUAUGUACGUCAAGACGCAUACAUAACAGUACAGCAAAUUCAAAUCCUCAGGGAAAGCUUUAUGAAAACUGCUGUGACUGAUGUAUUCCCAGCAUCUGCUGCUUUAAUCAUCUCUUGAUGGAAAAGAAAGGAGCUCAGCAACAGGCUGGUAAUUAAUUCUGCAACAAUACUCAAUAAGGAAAAGUUUGGUUUUAAUAAACAGAACAGAACUGCUGAUUUAAUGCAAACAUAUUCAGUUAGAAGGACAUCUCAAAAAUAUUUAUAUUAGAAGCAAGAACAAAGCAAUAACAACCACACUCUACGGGAAGUAUUGCUUGCUGUCUGGUGAUUAAUAAACCCCAGGAAAGAAUAAAAUGGAUGGUGUAAAUUUUUCUUCCCUGUUUUCCAUAAACUGAAACACACAAAGGAAAUAAAUGCCUAUGGUGAUACCAAAACCAAAAUUUUGCUGUGAACUUAUGUUAUUACAGGAAUGUCUUGAGAUGCCCCUUCCCAAGGAGCUCAAGUGAUUUCUUAUAAUGGUGAUAGAGGAACAAUGGGGAAGACUUCUAAAACAGUGGAGACUUAUCCAGUUUUUAUAAACUGUCUGUCAAGCAAAGGAAGUGUUCCUCCCCUGCCAGUCUCUGCGGCCGCAGCUCCAGCAGAAAGCAAUGGGAGCUCAGGCACAUGCAGUCUCAGUUAGCAGCAGCAGUUAGUCCCUACCAAAUAUGCUAAAGAAUGUGCUAAAAUUCAAUUGUAAUAUUUCUCCCCAAAACAUUUAGCUCAACAGGAAAUGCAAUGUCAUACGGGCAGUAAAAGUUUUAAUUUCUUUUCAUUAUCCUUUGUGUUUCAAUAAACUUUUGGAAAACAAGUUACAGAAUACUCCUGGAUGUUCAUCUCGAAAUUCUUCUUUUUUCUAAAAUAUCCUCUUUCCAAAUCUGCCUGGCAAUAUAUUCUGAGGAAUCAGUCUGUCAUUGAGAAUGUGCCAGACACAUGUUACGACCUCAACGCCAGACCACAGUUGGAGGUCGCGUGAGUUUUUGGCUGCCAGAAGCUUUCUCUGAGCCCUUGGUCUGCACAGUUCAGCUCUCACCAUCUAAGGUCUUGUUGUGGUCUAGCCCCAGCCAGCAACUAAACACCACAGAGUCACUCCCACCAGCUGGACCAGGGAGAGAAUAGGAAGUAUAAAAGCCAGGAUACUCGUGGGUGGAAAUAAAGGCAGUUUACUAGGGAAGGCAAAAGCCACACACAAAAGCAAAGCAAAACAAGGAGUUAAUUCCCUGCUUCCUAUGGGCAGGCAGGUGUUCAGCACCUCCAGGAGAGCAGGGCCCUGUCCCAUGGAAUAGUGACUUGGGAAG